AUGCAGUUGCUGCCAAAAGAACUACGCCUUCAGAUAUGGGCGCUGGCGUACUACAACGAGCCGCCUCGCCUGGUAGCACUGGAGACCAACCCCCACGAUGAGGAUCAUGACGAAACGCACUUUUGCCCGCGAUACUCCCCUAGUCCUGCGCCAGUGACGGUAAAUCUAUGUCAUGAGUCGCGCGAAGAAGCUCGGUACCAGGCUGUGAAAGCAAACCAUAUCCUGCAGGUACCGUGCAGCAAUUCAGAUACUGGCUGUGGCGAAUUCUACUUCCGCAUCGAUACCGACAUCCUCUUGCUACAGCUAGAAGGCACGCGUGUUAAACAUUACGAUGACUCGCCCGAAGUAGGACUACUGGCUCACUUCAGCCAUGCAACGGGCUGUGAUCCCCAAGAGCUGCAGAAGGUCGCUAUUACAAAAGUUAUACUGAAUGGAUUCAGAGACGGCAGCCUAUCAAACGUCCUACGCGACUUUCCCAAGAUAUCGCACAUGGUCAUGAUGCUCACCAACGAGAUACUAGAGGACGAUUUGGAGAAAGAGUUGUUUGUUCGCGCUGCUUCAAGGAUAGUUCGCAUGUACAAACUCGACUUGAUGAACCUAGCUACUAGUCAAGGGAAGACGUUCAAGCCACAUCCCUUCAACGUGGAUUUUGCAAGGCUUCACCAUGGUCGGUUGGAUAUAGUCUCGAAAGAUGUUUGGCGUGACUGGAGCGAUGGCGGAGAAGAGUGGGCAACGCUCGAUAACUCUGAACCAUUCUGGUAG